AGCUGCAGCACAGUGUAGACAUGCUCAGGUUUCUUCUGUUGACCUUUCUCGCAGCCCUAGUGCUGGCUGAGCUGGAGCCCCAGCCCAGGUACCUUGAGGAUGACAGUGCGGAGGAGAGAGUUGUUGGUGGCGAAGUAGCCAGACCCAACUCCUGGCCCUGGCAGAUUUCUCUUCAGUACAAGUCUGGCAGCAGCUAUUACCACACCUGUGGAGGAACCCUGAUCAGGAGCGGAUGGGUGAUGACUGCUGCUCACUGUGUGGACAGUCAAAGGACUUGGCGUGUUGUUCUUGGAGAGCACACUUUAUACUCUGAGGAGGGCAGAGAGCAGUACGUAGGUGUGAGCGAGGUCAAAAUUCACCCCAGGUGGAACCCCAACAGCGUUGCUGGAGGAUAUGACAUUGCCCUGCUGCGUCUGGCCUCUAACGCCAGACUCAGCAAUUACAUCCAGCUUGGCAGCCUCCCUCCUUCUGGCCAAGUCCUGCCUCAUAACAACCCCUGCUUCAUUUCUGGAUGGGGACGCACCCAGACUGGAGGUCAGCUGUCUUCCCAGUUGAAGCAGGCCUCCCUGCCUGUUGUUGACUAUCGGACCUGCACCAGUUAUGGAUGGUGGGGCAGCACUGUGAAGGACUCCAUGGUCUGUGCUGGUGGUGCCAGGGAUUCUGGUUGCCAGGGUGACUCUGGUGGACCCCUGAACUGCAGCGUCAACGGCAAGUGGGUUGUCCACGGUGUGACCAGCUUCGUGUCCUCCUUGGGCUGCAACACUGUGAAGAAGCCCACCGUCUUCACCCGCGUCUCCGCCUACAACAGCUGGAUGAACUCUAUCUUGGGUUGAGAACAAGGACAAUCUCCAUGGCGACGGGAGAAGACGAAUCUCACUUUCUCUCCAUCUCAUUAGAAUAAAAUGUGCCAUAAUAUUGA